UUGUGGAGGCGUGUUUUCCCCCUUGUCAAGUAUGACUGUGAAAAGGCACAGCGCAGACUUUUGCAAAUGCCCGUAGCUUGUGUGAGGUUGAAGGAAGGCUGCUUUGUUCUAGAGAAAAUGACUAAUGAACUCUACGAAGACAAGAAAUGUGAAAUCUCAGCAAAACUGAACUCUUGUCAAGUACAAGGAUAUAAAGAUACACAGAUGGAAAAUACUAUCGCCGAAUUUUCUGAGCUUCUCAAUUCAACACCUAACAAUGGAGAGAGAGAGGAUGAAACAUCUAAUGGCGUCAUCUUUCAACAUGUCUGCACGUCAAGCAACUAAGUUUGGCAUGUCUAACCUAAAAAAAAGAGCUGAGAAGGUGGUAUCUGCGGCAGAAAAAAUAAGUGCCAUCAAGAACAAGCAUUUGUACUUUGCAAAGGUUGAGCAAAAGGUGUACUUACAAUCUAUUGGUCGUACUCCAGAUGGCUUUUUAACAAGCAGUAGUUCAGAAUCUGAGUGUUCUGAUGAAGAAGAUGAGGAAAUGAUACCAAAUGAAGUAAAUAACGAAAGACCGCUGGAUACUGCACAAACAUGUUUGGAAGAACCAUCAACCAUAAACCAGCCUUCGGUAAAUGAACUGGGACAUGAGUCUCCUACUAGCCAGUUUAGAAAUGACAUGCCAUCAACUGGUAGCGGUAGAAAAGAAAAAGAUUUGCCUUGUCUAGAUGUGAAUUCUGUUGUCGUCCGGGAUAUUCUUCGAGAGGUUGAGUGGAACUGGUUUGCAUUUGUAGUUCUGUUAGAGUCACGGUUUGAGAAGGAAGGAUAUUCCCAAGAAGUGUUUGAUCAAUUCCUUGUUGAUUUUGCUAGCCAGCUGCCUAACCUUGGAUUACCAAAUGACGAAUUUCAGCUAGCUGAACAGUCGCGUGCAGCAUACUUGUCAGAAGUAGCACAGAAAGAAGUACGAAUACAUGAAAUUAUCGAGGAGGUUAAUAGUGAUGACGAGAACGAUUAUGGAGGUGCUGGUGGCUGCUGCGAUGAAAGCCCUGAUGAAAGUGAGAUUCUAAGAAAGCUAAAGUUGAUUAAGGACAGGGGAAAGCGGUUAGCAAAAUCAGAAAUUGAAUUGAAGGGUUUGAAUGGAAGGCGAAAAUCUCAGAAGACAGAAAGCUCUGUUCUUGCAAGACAUCCAGAUAUUGGAGAGGUCAUGGAGAACAUUGUGAGAGAGGCAGAUGUGGGGGCAGACAAAUGGCGCCGCACUGGUGUGUACACAUUUACGGGUGACACUAAAAAAGAGAAACGUAUGACAUUUAAAAAAUUGCGAGAAAAACUUUGCCAGCACUAUGGUGAGAAGAUAAGCCAUGGAACACUCCUCCAGUUGUGUGUCAAUCGGGAUAAGCGAAGAAUGUCGAGUAAACGUUAUAAAGGUGUUGCGAACAUUAAAUACCAACGGCCGAGGAAGGGAUUUAAUCUUAAGUUCAACCCUGAUGCAAAGUGGAGUCAUAGCCUUUCCAAGAGUUUGGAUAAACUUCAAAUAGAUGGAAAGCACAUUGUUUUGUUGAAUCGAGAUGACCAAGCAGGCUUUCGGUUAGACUCAACAUUCACUCAUAAGAACAUGCCAUCCUUAAAUGUUGAUGGUCCAACUGUUACUACCCAUACUGAUUUCCUUAACAAACACCAGACACAACUACAAACAACCAGCUACAACUUCACGAAAACAAAAACUACAAGUGAAGUAUGCAUUGGUGUUGUAAAGGCAUCUGGGGUGCACCAAAAGAAUCCAUCCCAGCAUGCUGCAGAUCUGGAUAUGCUUCAAGCUAUGGACCAUCCUAAAACAGUGUUUCUACAAGAGGACUCGGGAGAAGUAAAAGAAAUCAAAUGUGUUCGUGUGGACGGAGCUUCAGAUGAGGGACCCAGUCACACAGAAGUCCAGUUCCUUUGGACUGAAAGACAUAUGAAUCGGCCAACAAAGAACACCCGUUCAAUUUAAUUGGGACUCGUUCAAUAUAAUUGGGACUAAUUGCUGUUAGCUGUUAUUGCCUGUUAUCAGCCAUUAGAGCCAAUCAGGAUCAAGAUUAUCUUUGGCUAAGAGCUAGUCUAAUGUUAUCAGAUAACAAACCCAUUAGAUCCAAUGGCAAGCUUGUUAGUGAAUAACGGGAUAACAGCUAAUAACAGCUAAUAAUACUUCACCCAUUAUACCCAAUCACAAGUUUGUUAGAGAAUAACGGGAUAAUAUGCUACAUUCCACAAGUGUGAAUUUGACCCGUGAGGUAAAAAUCUAUUUCAUGACAAGUCAUUGCAUCAUUCUCGAGUACAUACUGGAAGGUUGCACGCAUAUAUGCACAUUUGAUCCAUUACCUGCCGUGAACUCAUCUAAAACUCUUUUUGGUUUAUUUAUCAUGUUUUUGAAAAACGUCAAAAUUUUACCGUUUUCAAAUAACCGAUAGGCUUUUUAACCCAGCACCUACGAAACAGUGGAAUGUUCAAGAAUAGAACAAGAAAAUCAGAAAAUUACUUUAUGAUCUUUGAAGAAGCGUAGCUCAUAACAAGCAUGCAACUAUCCAACGAUCUCUCGAUAAUAGGUCAGUGAUACAAUAGAUGUGAAUAGGAAACAGAACAAAUCAACACUGCCCAGAGGAAGUUUAUCAGUUAUCAAGUGACAAUUGCUGACAUUCCAGCCCAUUCCUGCACGCAAAUUUCUUAGACAGUACACUAACACAUUUAUUUUCUUAAGUUAAAACGAUCUUUACACUUCCCUUUAUUUCACCUUGAUUUAACGAUGAAAUCUGUUUAGAAUGAAAAGAAAGGCAAACUUGACGUCACCUAAGGAAAAACUGCAGUUUCCGUUUUUCAUUUUGCACUAAGCAUCACUUUUUAAAGACAUAUUUAUACGUAAAAUGUAUUAACUUUUAUACAGAAAAAUUUUGAAAGGCCAGAAAGGUUUCACUCUGACACGUUUUGAGAAACCUUUUGUUUGACCAUUAUUCGGCGAUCGAUCAGAUUUAAAGGGCACAUUUUUACGCGCCCUAAAAAGUUGUUAGAAGAAAGUAGCGAGUAUAAGUCCCGGGGGUACUCGAAAAAAUUGGGUAGGGGUGCCCCGCUUCCCAAAACCCUUACCCUAUUUAUGACCAAAAUCUGCGAUUUUCCCUACCCUAUUUAUGACCUAACCAAAAAUUUGAUACCCUAUUUUGUGAAGGGCUUUUGUUGCUUGUAUUUCCUAGCCUACAAAGCAGCCGGUGGAGAGGAAGGCAAGGCGCGGAUGGAAGGAGGGGGACAUGAUAAGGAAGUAGCUUCUUCUAAAAAAGUGCAUUCAAGACUACAGUGCAAAAAUCGUUACCCUAUUUAUGACCAAAAUGGCGGCAAAAUAGGCAAAAUCGAUACCCAAUUUAUGACCAAAACGGCUGAAAAACCCUACCCUUUGGGGCCGCACAUACCUAUAUAGCCCAUAUUAGGGAGUACCCCCCCCGGGGUAUAAGUUAUUUAGUCAUACGCUCAUACGGCGGCGGGACUUGACGGAACGCAAAGAGAGCGUUACAAUCUAAUGGCAUACGAGCGACUGCAGGCAUCUCAUGACAUGUCGACUUUGAGAUAACUAUCAACGGCUUUGACUUCUUUCCAUGAGCGAGAAAACAAAAAGUAUGCAGACAGGACCAAAGCGGGAAUAUGUUAUGGCGAUAAUGGCCGCUAAUCAAGGCACCAUCAAUUGUGAUGAAUGGUGAACAAAUCUACUCUUUUUGCUGAACAUUUUAAACGGUAUUACAAAACAAACGCACUCUCUAUUUGAGUCAAGCUUGUCACAAAACCCUUUCAUUCCAAUUCAUAUUAAACAAUUACUUUCGUUAUCCGUUUUGGCGCCAAAGUCGGUACCUUUGCGCCAUCUUUAAUUCUCGUCACGUCUACUGGUGUAAAAUCGAUGUAAUGGAAACAGAAGCCUGUUCGAAGGUGCAGUAGAAAACUCAAGGUUUCUUACGAAAAGUUCUCUUAAGAAUCGACAGAUUAUAAUGCCCCCCCAAAAUAAUGUAAAACGCUUACCUCAGGUGUUACUUCAUUUUCAUCUGGAAGAAUAUAUCACAAAAAGUAUUAUGAUGUGUAUGUAUCCUUUCGCGUCCAGCAAUGGCCUUUUUUCUCGUCUCUCUUAAUUCCGGAAGUGAGUUUCGUUUACGACACCUUUCGGAAGUAAAAAUUUCGAGGACUACGCUUUCUGCUCUCAUUUUUGGACUUGCCCCAGAGCAAAAGAUUUCCCUAGGAAUUCUCCAUGUUCACAUGAAAGGACGGCUUAUGUGGGAGAGUGGGUACGCACACAAUAGCCCUUUCUGCUCUCGUUAACUUUAACAACCGGCUAAUCAACAUUUUCCGGCUGUACUCUCUUCACUAUUUGAUAUUCCCGUAUUCUUGCAUUUAAUCAAUUUUGUAUAUACAUUGUUUUAUUCAAGUAAGCAUGAUUUAAAGUAUACUACAUAUUAUUUUAGACUUUAUUUUUCCGAGCAUGGAAUUUGCUGACAAUAAGAAAACCGUGACUCAGGCUUGAAAUGUUAAGCGGCAACAUUUUUCGGUUUAUCUCUUCUCUCCCCAAUCGCGAAUUUUAACAACUUUUCUUAUCAAAUGUUUUAUUCGCGUGAAAUAUGCUACAAUAGAUCACAUUGAUUAAAACGUGUAGUCAUUAAGCAUUCUAAUGGAAGUAAAACCGUGACUUAUCGUGAAUCAGUGUGUAAAUUAAUAUAGGUACAAAAAUCAUUGUACAUAAUUGUUCUACUGGUCCACUUUGCGAUUUUAGCACAUUAAAAUUUUCUAAAAACUUGCAACAAAAAUUAUUGUCAGAUUGCCAUACUCACAAACAAAAGAAAAAACACUUCAAUAAACCAAGGGUCAAAAUUGAAGCGCCAACAUAUUUUGCAGAGUCUUUCAAAUAAUGCUAUGCCGGGCUAACAAAAUCAUAAAUCGGAGGUACAGCUGUCUCGGGUUACAACCACGAUAAAUCUCGACAAUCCUUUAUUAAUGGAUAAAUAAAUCUAGAAAUCAGUGUGCAUGCUUGACUUUAACUAUGGUAAAGAACAUUUCAUACGUAUUCGGGCUGUACAGAUUCAGCCAGUUACAACACCGGCUCAUUUUUAACCGGCCCUAUGUGUCUUCUUCAGUUUCGCAACAUGUACACAGAAAACGCCAAAAAUACUCCAAAUACAGGGAAUAGAUAAAAAUAUUUGCCACAAAAAGCGCCAAAUUUACUUUUUAUUGAUGUCAAGUUUUUCACUUGCACACUCUUAUUAUCGUCAAUGACCUCUACAUUGCGACAGAAUAUGAAUUCUGGCGCUACUUUAUCCCAGUCCUUUUUUUGAGGCCACUGAAAAAUUCCGUUUCUCUCUGUCAGAAAAUGUUCAGCAAAAAGAGUAGAUUUGUUCACCAUUCAUCACAAUUGAUGGUGCCUUGAUUAUCGGCCAUUAUCGCCAUAACAUAUUCCCGCUUUGGUCCUGUCUGCAUACUUUUUGGUUUCUCGCACAUGGAAAGAAUUCAAAGCCGUUGAUAGUUAUCUCAAAGUCGACAUGUCAUGAGAUGCCUGCAGUCGCUCGUAUGCCAUUAGAUUGUAACGCUCUCUUUGCGUUCCGUCAAGUCCCGCCGCCGUAUGACUAAAUAGGAAGUUUUAGUAACGGCGACGGCAACGAGAACGUACACAAAGCAAUAGGUUUAUUGAGCAAAACAACUAGUUUGCACGUGCAUCACGCUUUUUUGUAUAUUUCUUUGCCGUUACUGCUCGACUACGACGCGAAAAUGUCUAGUUUCACGUUUUAUGGAGGACGUAAAACAAGCGACGACAAACUUUUCUUUCAACUCCAGUGAAAUUGGCCUACAUUGGCUAUUUUCAGCGAAUAAAAAUAAACACGACAAAGUUGGAAAAAACGCCAAUUCAUUUUUAAAAGUGACGUUUUCGCUGCCAUCACCUUUGUCGAUGCUAAAAGUCCCUAGUAACUUAUACUCGCUACUUUCUUCUAACAACUUUUUAGGGCGCGUAAAAAUGUGCCCUUUAAAUCUGAUCGAUCGCCGAAUAAUGGUCAAACAAAAGGUUUCUCAAAACGUGUCAGAGUAAAACCUUUCUGGCCUUUCAAAAUUUUUCUGUAUAAAAGUUAAUACAUUUUACGUAUAAAUAUGUCUUUAAAAAGUGAUGCUUAGUGCAAAAUGAAAAACGGAAACUGCAGUUUUUCCUUAGGUGACGUCAAGUUUGCCUUUCUUUUCAUUCUAAACAGAUUUCAUCGUUAAAUCAAGGUGAAAUAAAGGGAAGUGUAAAGAUCGUUUUAACUUAAGAAAAUAAAUGUGUUAGUGUACUGUCUAAGAAAUUUGCGUGCAGGAAUGGGCUGGAAUGUCAGCAAUUGUCACUUGAUAACUGAUAAACUUCCUCUGGGCAGUGUUGAUUUGUUCUGUUUCCUAUUCACAACUAUUGUAUCACUGACCUAUUAUCGAGAGAUCGUUGGAUAGUUGCAUGCUUGUUAUAAGCUACGCUUCUUCAAAGAUCAUAAAGUAAUUUUCUGAUUUUCUUGUUCUAUUCUUGAACAUUCCACUGUUUCGUAGGUGCUGGGUUAAAAAGCCUAUCGGUUAUUUGAAAACGGUAAAAUUUUGACGUUUUUCAAAAACAUGAUAAAUAAACCAAAAAGAGUUUUAGAUGAGUUCACGGCAGCUAAUGGAUCAAAUGUGCAUAUAUGCGUGCAACCUUCCAGUAUGUACUCGAGAAUGAUCCACUGACUUGUCAUGAAAUAGAUUUUUACCUCACGGGUCAAAUUCACACUUGUGGAAUGUAGCAUAUUAUCCCGUUAUUCUCUAACAAACUUGUGAUUGGGUAUAAUGGGUGAAGUAUUAUUAGCUGUUAUUAGCUGUUAUCCCGUUAUUCACUAACACGCUUGCCAUUGGAUCUAAUGCGUUUGUUAUCUGAUAACAUUAGACUAGCUCUUAGCCAAAGUCGACAUGUCAUGAGAUGCCUGCAGUCGCUCGUAUGCCAUUAGAUUGUAACGCUCUCUUUGCGUUCCGUCAAGUCCCGCCGCCGUAUGACUAAAUAACUUAUACUCGCUACUUUCUUCUAACAACUUUUUAGGGCGCGUAAAAAUGUCCCCUUUAAAUCUGAUCGAUCGCCGAAUAAUGGUCAAACAAAAGGUUUCUCAAAACGUGUCAGAGUAAAACCUUUCUGACCUUUCAAAAUUUUUCUGUAUAGAAGUCAAUAUAUUUUACGUACAAAUAUGUCUUUAAAAAGUGAUGAUUAGUGCAAAAUGAAAAACGGAAACGGCGGUUUUUCCUUAGGUGACAUCAAGUUUGCCUUUCUUUUUAGGGAGCGCGUCCAAAUAUCGGUAGGGUACCCAAUCAUGGGAAACGGACCCGAUUAAUUUUCCGAUUGUUCGGAAUCGGUACCGAUCUGUAGGCACCAGUUGCCGUUUCCGAUUACGAUAAAAACUUUGCCGAUUUAUACAUAAAAUGAAGCGUGUCACGAAACCAAAAGAGUCGUUUCACUCUAAAGUAAUUUGUAUCGACUGUACCUUUUUCCUACUCCAUAACAAAUAACAAUAUUGUAUGUUUCUGCAUGUUGUGUUUCUAUUUUGCUGAUUUGAUGCAUGCCUACACGUGAUUUUCGACGUUUUGCAGAGGUAUUUCCUUCAGUCGAUGGCAGACACCACGCUGCUCCAUAAAAUUUAUUCUAUGAAAAUUAAAAGGAGUUAAAUAUUACGACGCAAAGCACCACUGUUCUUCGUUGAUACAUAGCAAACAAAACACCAUACUGAGUAGUGUGUUCUUUACUCGAUACUUUCUAACAAUGCAAUCCAAAAAGACAACCAGAACUCACUUUCUAGAAACACAACUGGAUGCAUAGACUUGUUACAAGUAGACCUCAACGGGUUUCCUAGCGAGCGGAGCGAGAGCAAACCCAUGGAUAAUAUAAAAGCACGGGAUAAAUUUUUACGAAAAUUUGCGACUUUCAUUCAACGAUCCUAAACGCAAGGUGCAAUGCGAUCUGCGGCAAAAAAUACCGACCAAUUAGAUUGCGGCCUAAGAUUGUCUCCAGGGAAUUAGCAAAAAGAACUGAAGAUUCCUACACUCGUGAGUCACGGAAAACACGGAACGAAGUUUCAUACAAAGAGAGGAUGGCUUAGCGACUUAGUUGUUCUGUGAGCUUGAGGAUGGUGCCACGUGAAAUUGCUUUCCAUUCUCAGUGCUUACCAAAAUUUGCACUUGACUCAAGGUGGCUGACUUUUUGACAAAAAGCAGAACCUUUUUUACCGGAGUGUUCAACUAAAGCAAACUGUGCAUACAUCCGAUAAGUUUGACUCAAUUUAAUAGCGGAAAGAGAAUCGAGAAAGAGAAAACCAGUUGAGCGCCUCCAUCAGUCACUUUUUUGAGUUCAUAUGCAACCAAUAAGCAACUUGCAGCUUGAUUCUCAGACGAUGUUCUCUUCUCUCCUGUGGCAAUUUAAGCAGUUAAAGAACACAACAUGGUAACAACAUUUGCGUUUUGGUCGUGGAUGUUCUGACUUCUUUGUAUUUUUUUCGCUUAAAGUCCUAAACUGGUUAUUCCUUUAAAGAUUUCUUUCAUCAUGCGAUUUGGGUUCCAGUUACCACGGGCUCAAGCUAUUUUAAAAUUAUCAUUUUGAGAUCGUACACUUGCAAUGUACAUUGCGCCGUCUUUCACUCAAAAGACGCUCUUCAGCGUUGUUGAAUGACCUGCUGUUUCUUCUCGUGCUCAUUUUGAUACACAAAUUUAAUAUUUUCUGGUCAUACUCUGUCAUAGGUAAGUACAAACAAAUGUUCGAAACUGUGACGUUAAAUUUCGGUUCAAACAAGACACGUUUAUAAGAAAGAUAAUGUUAAUAAUAAGAAGAAACACUUUAUCUGCUGGUCUACAACAUUUAAAUUGGAAAUUUAACGUGUUUGUGCAUCGAGAACCAACAUUCACGCUUUUGCUUUUGUGACGGGUUAUUUGAGCUGCCAGAUAUUUUUGAUGACCUUUGUUAAUUGGCCCGAUAAAGACUUGAGACCCGUUGCCGAUUCCGACAUUCAACAGAAUCGGAAAAAAUCGGUGCCCAAUUGAUCGGCAUCGGUGUGACCCGAUGCCGAUAUUUGGACGCGUUCCCUUAUUCUAAACAGAUUUCGUCGUUAAAUCAAAGUGAAAUAAAGGGAAGUGUAAAGAUCGUUUUAACUUAAGAAAAUAAAUGUGUUAGUGUACUGUCUAAGAAAUUUGCGUGCAGGAAUGGGCUGGAAUGUCAGCAAUUGUCACUUGAUAACUGAUAAACUUCCUCUGGGCAGUGUUGAUUUGUUCUGUUUCCUAUUCACAACUAUUGUAUCACUGACCUAUUAUCGAGAGAUCGUUGGAUAGUUGCAUGCUUGUUAUGAGCUACGCUUCUUCAAAGAUCAUAAAGUAAUUUCCUGAUUUUCUUGUUCUAUUCUUGAACAUUCCACUGUUUUGUAGGUGCUGGGUUAAAAAGCCUAUCGGUUAUUUGAAAACGGUAAAAUUUUGACGUUUUUCAAAAACAUGAUAAAUAAACCAAAAAGAGUUUUAGAUGAGUUCACGGCAGCUAAUGGAUCAAAUAUGCAUAUAUGCGUACAACCUUCCAGUAUGUACUCGAGAAUGAUGCACUGACUUGUCAUGAAAUAGAUUUUUACCUCACGGGUCAAAUUCACACUUGUGGAAUGUAGCAUAUUAUCCCGUUAUUCUCUAACAAACUUGUGAUUGGGUAUAAUGGGUGAAGUAUUAUUAGCUGUUAUUAGCUGUUAUCCCGUUAUUCACUAACAAGCUUGCCAUUGGAUCUAAUGCGUUUGUUAUCUGAUAACAUUAGACUAGCUCUUAGCCAAAGAUAAUCUUGAUCCUGAUUGGCUCUAAUGGCUGAUAACAGGCAAUAACAGCUAACAGCAAUUAGUCCCAAUUAUAUUGAACGAGUCCCAAUUAAAUUGAACGGCUCUUAAAGGUAACUCUUGUUACCACUAGAUCAAGUGGUGAUAGCUUCCUUAACCGCGUUGAACUUCAAAACGGCUGUCUGAGUCGUGCCCACUCAAAUUUGUUCAUCUCAUCAACCUUAUGUGGAGAACCAUGUGACGAAGAAGGCCAGUUCAGCGAGGAAAAAUAUCGUGCUAACAUGGAGGCUGCAUUAAAGCAGUACAUAGAACGAGUUGACGACAGUCCUUGUAUGUGGACAACGAUAAAGCUACAAAGAGGGGCUAUUGACCAUCCCUUCUUAGAGAGAAAAAGUCGCUUACUUGUUUUCCUUAAAGGCAGUGUAAAGCAAAAAGCUGAGCUGAGAAAACAAGACCACGAGGAGUAUGAAUAUUUUGAGAAAGUGUGGAAAGUUAGACAAAAUCAUUUGGAUCACAACCUUCCAAUCAACUACAUAUUCCUGCUGAGGUGUUGUGGAAGAGAAGGCUGCCCUCAUCCUCUGUGUGAAAGAAGUGCACGUCACCGAGAAAUCCCUGUGAGGACAAAUCAGGCGACAGUGAGAGAUGCGAGCAAGGAAAUUUUUUGCAUUUGCUGUCAGCCAGAAGGAGAUAAAUUCAUGAUAUGUUGCGAUCAAUGUGGCGAGUGGUUCCAUUGUGACUGUAUUCGGAUAACAGAGGAAGAAGGAAACAAGAUGGCUGACGAUGACGUCUCUUUCGUAUGCCAGCAGUGCCGCAAAUUAGUUGAUGACAAUUCCCAAACAGAAAUCCUUCCGAAGUGGUACCCGGACGGACCCUAUUUUGAUUUCUUCCCUUACUAG